ACGGGCAAAGACCCUUCACUUACAUUCUUGCAGUGGUUGGUAUCUUCAAUCUCCGCCCCCCAAAAUCCUUUUCUAUUAUUAAUCCAAAUCUUCUAUUCUGUUAAUUUCACAAUUUUACCACUUAACUUUUAACAUUUUGUUUUCCAUGGACCACUUUCUCCAUUCUUCUUCACCAUCCGAAGCAUAAAUAAAUAUAAAAUACAAAUAUUGUGCUCUCAAAUUCCAGUCCUACUAUUGUCUUCGGAAAAUGGGUUUCCUUGUCGGGCUGCUGUUCGGUCUUGUCGCCGGCCUUGCUAUUGUCGUUCUCUUUGUUCGCUCUGAGAACUCUCGAUCCAAUCUUCGAACUAAGCUUGCAACCACGGUGGCUGCUUUCGCAAGAAUGACAGUCGAAGAUUCUAGAAAGAUCUUGCCGGCAGAAUUCUACCCUUCUUGGGUGGUGUUCUCUCAGCGCCAGAAGUUGACUUGGCUUAAUCAGCACCUUACGAAGAUCUGGCCUUGCGUUAACGAGGCAGCAUCGGAUCUGAUAAAGGCGUCGGUUGAGCCGGUGCUAGAACAAUAUAGGCCAGUUAUACUGUCUUCUUUGAAGUUUUCCAAGUUUACUCUCGGCACUGUUGCACCACAGUUUACUGGAGUAAGUAUCGUUGAAGAUGGAGCUGAUAGUGUGACAAUGGAGUUGGAAAUGCAGUGGGAUGCAAAUUCAAAUAUAGUACUUGCUAUCAAGACUUAUCUUGGUGUAUCACUACCUGUGCAGGUGAAAGAUAUUGGAUUCACUGGAGUUUUCAGGUUGAUAUUUAAACCCCUGGUGAAUGAGUUUCCUUGCUUUGGAGCUGUUUGUUAUUCUCUGAGAAAAAAGAAAAAGUUGGAUUUCACCCUGAAAGUCAUUGGUGGUGACAUAUCAACUAUUCCUGGCCUUGCUGAUGCUAUUGAGAGCACGAUACGGGAUGCUAUUGAAGAUUCUAUCAUGUGGCCUGUCAGGAAAAUUGUUCCCAUUUUGCCUGGAGACUACAGUGAUUUGGAGUUAAAGCCGGUUGGAAUGCUAGAGGUGAAGCUUAUCCAGGCACGUGACUUGACAAACAAAGAUAUUAUCGGAAAAUCAGAUCCCUAUGCUGUAUUAUUUGUACGCCCUUUACCUGACAGAACAAAAAAAAGUAAAAUAAUUAACAAUGACUUGAAUCCUAUUUGGAAUGAACACUAUGAAUUUAUUAUUGAGGAUGCAACAACUCAGCACUUGGUGGUAAGGAUUUAUGAUGAUGAGGGGGUUCAGGCAUCUGAAUUCAUUGGAUGUGCUCAAGUACUUUUAAGUGAACUUGAACCUGGUAAAGUGAAGGAUGUCUGGUUGAAUCUGGUUAAAGACCUGGAGAUCCAGAGAGAUAGUAAGUACAGAGGGCAGGUGCACCUGGAGCUCUUGUACUGUCCGUUUGGCAUGGAGAACAGUUUUACAAACCCCUUUUCCUCUGACUUUUCAAUGACAUCCUUGGAGAGGGUUCUUAAAAAUGGAGCAAAUGGAACAGACGAUAUUGAAAAUGAGAAGGCAGUUACACAUAAGAAAAGGGAGAUUAUUAUUAGAGGAGUACUGUCUGUGACUGUGAUAUCUGCUGAAGAUUUGCCUAUUGUAGAUUUAAUGGGAAAGGCUGAUCCCUAUGUUGUACUCACAAUGAAGAAAUCAGAGUUGAAGAAUAAAACUAGGGUUGUGAAUGACAGCUUGAAUCCUGUAUGGAAUCAAACUUUUGACUUUGUUGUUGAGGACGGAUUACAUGAUAUGCUAAUCCUUGAAGUCUGGGAUCAUGACACUUUUGGGAAGGAUUACAUGGGAAGAUGCAUUUUGACAUUGACAAGGGUAAUAUUGGAAGGGGAAUACAAAGAUUGCCUGCCGCUAGAGGGAGCUAAAUCUGGAAAACUGAAUAUAAACCUUAAGUGGAUGCCACAGCCGAUAUUCCGUGAUUCCUAAGUGAUCCAAAAACAGGUAGGUUGUGAGUUGUAAGCCAGGUGUUCUCUGCAAGUCAAGUAGAUGGCAAUGCCACCUUAUUCCAAUUACUGGUGUUCACUAAACCAUAGCUCUCAGAGGAUACCCUCAUGUAGGAGCUAAUACUUGAAACUGUGCAUAUGAUUUAUUUUUUUGUUCUUGUAGCGGCUCUAGACUUGUAAAGUUGAGAGUUAUGGAUACCAAUUGGAAGACAUCAGAAAUUGGGAUUUGCACAAA